AUGGCGCAAGGCAAUCUACCCACCGCGCCAUCUCCAUACAUCUCUCUCAGUCAGUCCCUACUCUUCCAUACCCAGGAUGAACACGACUGGUGGCACCGCGCGGCGCCCGUUCUUGCCCGAAUGCUGCACAACGCCGACUAUGAGAUCCACAAACAGUACCAGUACCUGGCCUUCUUUGCCCAGCACGUCGUCCCCGCGCUGGGUCCAUCUCCAGCCAACCCGCGCCCCAACCUCUACCGGGGCGUCUUCAACCUUGAGUUUAGCCAGAACUUUCAGGAGUCAGGCUGCAUUAUCCGCCUGGCGUUCCUCCCCGUGAACUACCUCGCCGGGGUCCCCGGCAAAGACCCGUUCAACCGACUCUCUACCCCCGAGGUGCUCGCCCGAUACGCUCAGGUCGACGGCAUCCAUCUCGACCUUCAACUCUACCAGCAACUGGUCAGCGACCUCACCCUGAACAAAAAGGAAGAGGACCACUUGCUGUCCACGGAAAGCCCCUUGCCGCCGGUCUUCAAAACCCAGAGUGGCAUCGCCCUGGACCUACGCAAGGAGGGCAAGAUGGUCGUCAAGCUGUACACCUUCGUCGUCGGCAAAUCUAUGGCGACGGCCACGCCCGCGUCGACGCUGGCCCUCGACGCCGUCCGCAAGGUGGACCAGGGCGCCGCCAGCCGUUUCCGCACAGGCAUACGGCCCAUCCAGGCCUUUCUAGACGAGAAGCAGGGCACCCCGGACGCGAUGAUACCCGCGUCCCCGACCUCCUUCCACCCGCGCGGUAUGAUCCAGUUCGGCUGCGACCUGGUGGAUCUCGCGCGCACGCGCUUCAAGUUCUACAUCCACGACUACAUCGUGAAUACGGACCGACUGGCGGAGCUGUGGACGUUGGGUGGGAGGCUGCGGGAGCGCGACUGUCCCGGCAUCGAGAAGGGGCUGGGGAUCCUGCACGAGCUGUGGUCGAUCCUCCAGGUCCGCGAAGGUUCUACUACCUCCAAGCCACAAUUCUACUACGACCAGCAGUUCCUGAUCGUCAACUACGAGAUCCACCCUGGCGACCCCUGGCCCGUGCCCAAGGUGUACUUCCCGCUGUUUGGCAUGACGGAGGAUGCGGUCAUCGACGCGGUGGUCGCGUUCUUUGAGCGGCUGGGGUGGGCGCAGCAGGCGCGCGUGUAUCGGGAGAAUAUGGUCGCUUGCUUCUCGACUCGCGACUUGGAGAAGACGACGGAUAUCCAGGUCUGGCUCUCGUUCUCCUAUUCCCCUAAGAAGGGGCCGUAUACUACUGUGUAUUACCGAAGCCUGUGA